AACUAUAAAAUUAAAACACGCAUGUCAGUUGUGGCUGUAUGUGUUAAAGCUCUAAGCCAUUUCCGAGAAAAAGUAUAAAGCUUGACGUCUCUUGUUUUGUUUCAACUUUUCGGUAAAACUUUUCAGGAUUUAUUUACAAUUUUCCACGUAUUGUUCAUAUUUACGUUGUACAAACAACAUAAAUAGUAUCUGUAAAUAAUGGCGGAUUCAGAUUUAGCGGAUCUCCGUAAACAGUGUAUAUCCAGCUUGUAUUUAUGCGCCGAUAAUGUUUCUAAAUAUUUGGAAGAAGAGAAAGAUGCUCAGUUCAGCAAGCUGAGAUCCUACGUAUCAGGAUACUGUAUGAUGGAAGCGCAACAGGAUGUCGCUAUUCGAGCCUUGGAGAAAACCACUAAUGAAACAAAUGAGUCAAAUGUGGAUACCCUGGAAGACAGAUUCAAUGAGCACCUAAGCAGCUUGGCAAAGAAGAAGCUGAAAGUAGACAAUCAUCCUUACAUGAAGGAAUUUGAUAGUAGAGUACAGAAAGGAAUGCAGCAGGCAAGGCAAAAUCUGGAUGAGUCAGAUCUGGCUAUCACAGAAUCACAUGAUCAAUAUAUUGACCCCAUAACUAAGAAGCCCAUAUCAGAUCCAGUAAAGAACAAAAUAUGUGGUCACAUUUAUGAGAAGGAGUCCAUUUAUAAGUUUAUCAGUUUGAAAAACAGGAUCAAAUGUCCAGUGGUUGGUUGUGCCAACACUCAACACAUACAGCACCAGCACCUACUCUCCGAUGAAGAGUUGAAGUUCCGAAUGACACUCACACAGCAUUCCACCAUGAUACAAGAACGCACCAUAUUAGACCUUGAUGAAUCAGUUCAAUGAUUUAGAAGGUACAAUUGUAAGCGAUUGAUUUUGUAUGUCUUAGUAAGAGAAGCAAGCAAAAGGAGCAAGAAAGUUUAAUUCUUCAGAUGCUAAAACUAUGUUAGUGCCUUUCUGAAAAAUUACAAUUGUAUGUGAUUUUUAUUAA